UAAGCAAAAGCUGCAUGCUUAUGAAUUAGAACUGUGUCUGUAUGCCAGGGAGGAGCAACUCUCUCCCUCACUUGUGUUUUGAAACAGUCAUUGUCUACUGCUAUGUUUUCUUACCCUCAUCAUGCUGUGACUGAAUAGCACUCGAUCUCUCUGCAUCUUUUCUGUCAUUCUCAGUUCACGUGUAUGUGGCUGCAGUGCUGGAGCAGAAAACAUGGUUGUAACACUGGCACAUGGUGAUGCUGGAGAUACAUCAGCUUCUCCUGACUACGACAGUCAAAUUUAAAGCUGUCCCCAUCAUACCCUUAUACUGAAGGUGGAAAUGAUGAACCAGGAGGAAUUAAAAUCACGCACAAUGCUGGAGCUGCGUGAGAGGCUCCAGCCAGAGGUGGCUGAGCUGAUCAAACAGCAGAGGCUGAACCGGUUGUGCGAGGGCGCCUGCUUCAGGAAGAUCAGCACUCGCCGCAGACAAGACAAGUUUUUGUAUUGUCGACUGUCUCCAAAUCACAAAGUACUACACUAUGGGGAUGUGGAGGAUUUGUCACAGGGACAAAUCCCCCAUGAAGCUCUACAAGAGAAAUUAACAGUAGCAGAUAUCAAGACAGUGAUAACUGGGAAAGAUUGCCCUCAUGUGAAGGAGAAAGGAGCGCUAAAGCAAAAUAAGGAGGUGCCUGAGCUUGCUUUCUCCAUUUUAUAUGAAUCUGAUGAAUAUUUGAACUUCAUUGCUCCAGACAAGUAUGAGUACUGCAUCUGGACAGAUGGCUUGAAUGCUCUAUUGGGAAAAGAGAUGACAAGUGAACUCACCAAGUCAGAUAUGGACACGCUGGUUACCAUGGAGAUAAAGCUCCGCCUCUUAGACCUUGAGAAUGUCCAGAUUCCUGAUGUUCCUCCUCCUUUACCCAAAGAACCCAAAGAUUAUGACUUUGUUUAUGAUUACAGCCAACGCCAUACUUGAGACACACUGCGUCACAGCUAUUGGACUGUAAUGUAUUUACUCUUGAUUUGCAACUGAUCUACAGUGCAGGCUAGGACAAAUUAAAGUGUCUCAGUUUCCUGGAAAACUGAAAGGAUAGUUUAAUCAAAAGGUUUGAAGAGGCUUUGGCUGGAAUACUGUCACUGAUUCACAAACCUCAUACUGACUGUCCUGCUUUCCAAUACUGUUUGUAAUACUGAUUCAUCCAUUUCCCCCAUUGUAAGGGCUGUAACAAUACUUUAUCAGCCUGAGUGAUGUUUGUUAGAUGAGCCCUCUAGGGCAGAGGUUAUUGAGUAAAUUUAACGAUAGACUUCAAGAGCAGAACUUGUCAGAUAGCUAUUCCUAAGCGGUUCAAGCCCAGGCACCACUAAUAUGACACUGUUGGGCCCUUGAGCAAGGCCCUGUAAUGUAUAUGUGACAAAAAGGCUUCUAAAAAAAUCCAUAUGCAAUAAAUACAUGAGAUAGAUAUAUAUAUAUGACAUUUGUUUUAUUUUCCAAUUGGAUUUUAUGCAACCAACAUUUCCAUUUUAAUUUAACAGGUGUCGAAAGAGUUACUUUAUUCCUCAAUGUGGUUAAGUUAAUAUUAUGGUAUAUUGUUCGGGGGAAAAAGAAGAAGAAAAAAACGGGCCAUGUAAAUUCCCAAAUGAGAUUUGCCUCAAGGUAAAGUGUGUUCUUUCUGAAAAAUUUGCUCUACACUAUACACUUUUUUGCCACUUGUGUUUAGUAUACGAUAUACAGUAUAACUUGAGUCAGGACACAAUGUUGAAUAGAUGUUUUGCCAAAACUGUAUUGAAAUGCAAGGUGUGACAUCAUUGCCAAUAAUAUUUCUUUGCAGAGUAUUAAGUAUCAAUUUUGUUGACCACUCCAAAAUCAUCUGAUGCAGCUGUUUUUAAUAUUCAUGUUGUAAUUAAACUUAAUAUAUAUACA